AUGCGUGUAUUUAGGUUGGUGUGUGGAGGCGCCGUGCGUCGGUUCUCCAUUUACAACCAUGGCCUUCAACGGGAAGUCAAGGCGGGGAGGCUGACACACUACGACGUGCUGCAGCUGCCGAAAGAUGCCAGCGCGCAGCAGGUUAAGGAGGCGUACCUUCGCCUCGUGAAGCUGCAUCACCCCGACGCAAGCAAGCACCCGGACAGCCCCUCAAUCUUCAUCUGCAUCAAGGAGGCCCACGAGACGCUCGCAGACCCAGCCAAACGCAGGGUGUAUGAUGCGGAUAUCGCAAAAACAACGGGAGAGGGCAGUGCCCGGGCAUCCAUGCGACGCCAGCCGGGAGUACGUGGCACAGGUUACGAGUACAGCGAAUCGCAAGCACGUGACCAGGAGCGCUGGGAACGCUACAGCCGCUACGUCAGGGGUGAGCGCAAUGACGCAGGGGAGCGUUACGUCGUGGCAAAGACCAUGAUGGCGCUUGGAGUCUCCGCCGCCACGGUGCUCGGCCUCUCAGUCUUCGCGGAGGAGUUUUUCAGCCACUUCAAGGGAAUCGGUGAGGAGGAGGACGACGUACACGUCGACAGCACUAACGAGCGGCGGGUUCCGGCGUACUUCAACCCGGCCACGGAGAGGUGGGAGCGAAUAGUGCCCCCGUUCGUGCCUCCAGCUCCGGCGGAGCUGCUGCGGCACUACCGCGAUCUGGAUGAUGACGAUUUCGACGAAACGCAAGUUGCAGCAGCACUUCCAAAACGUAACUUCGUAGUGAUGGAGCGAUGCCCGAAGUGUAACGCUGCCCGUCGGAGCCAUUUUCACGCAUUGGCGAGUCGCAGUCGCCUUGUUUCGCCUUCUCCAUCUUUGUAUGAAGCUGUGGACUGCUGA